AUGCAUGGUGUUGAUGAAGGCAAGACUAUAGAUCACAACUAUUAUAUUGAAAAUUGCCUCAAGCCUGUUGUCAAGGAAAUAUGGAAACAAAGAAAGUCAGCAGGUAUAAAAGGUGUAAAAUUGCUUCACGACAAUGCUGGACUCCAUCGUCAUUCUGAUGUUAUUAAUUAUUUAACAGAAGAAGGUAUCAAUAUAAUGCCGCAUCCACCAUAUUCACCUGAUCUUGCACCAUGUGAUUAUUGGUUAAAUGAUUACAUCAAGUGUAAUUUAUCUGACCAACCAAAUGAAAAAUCAUUGGCUCGUGCGGUAUCCAAGGUGGUCAAAAAUAUUCCAGAAGAAGAGUUUACAAAAACUUUCGACAAACUAUUAGGAAGGAUGGAACUUUGUAUAAAUAAUCAUGGCGACUAUUUCGAACAUUUAAUAAAAUAA